AUGGAGGAUGUCAAUGCCUUCGACUCUUGUGACCCAGCUGUUAUCAAUAGAGAUCCAGUCAGAGAAGAAAAUGAUGGUGAGAAGCAACUUUUAUCCAGUGAAGCAUUUACUAAACAAAUAUCUUUACAUAGAGAUAUUACUGAUUACCGUUGUGAGAUUUGUGCGAAAAGAUUUUCUUCGGAACACGAAGUCUUCACUCACAGACAAAUACACAACAGAGAAAAAUCGUUUCACUUCACACGGGAGAAAACCCAUUUCACUGCGAAAUUUGUGGGAAAUCUUUCGUUGAAAAGUCAAAGCUUACAAUCCACAUACGUGGCCACACGGGUGAAAAACCGUUCCACUGUGAAUUAUGCGAGAAAUCCUUCUCCGAUCAUUCCAGUCUUGUUUACCAUAAAAAGGGUUCACACGGGAGAGAAGCCCUAUCGUUGUGAUAUUUGUGGGCAGACUUUUAUGAUGAACAGUAAUUUAACGACACACAAGAGGGUUCAUACAGCGGAACAGCCUUAUCGCUGUGAAAUCUGCGGGAAAUCUUUUAUUAAUAACUCUCAUCUUGUAGUUCAUUUACGUAGCCACAGCGGAGAGAGACCUUAUCACUGUGAUGCUUGUGGUAAAUCGUUCAGUAACAAUUCUCAUCUUGUAGUUCACAGACGGAUACAUUCUGGAGAAAGGCCGUACCAUUGUGCCAUGUGUGGAAUAGUCGCUUAA